GUACUCUGUAUCCGUACAGAGUAUAGAAUCAUAUGUGGAUCAAUCGACUUCUCGUUGCCUGAGUGAUCCAGGGCAGCCCAUGGGGUUGGAUUUCUGUUUACUGCCCGGGAUGGUCUACACUAACCACUUUCGACAUAGUCAGGUUCUGGCGCGCGGCUGGGCUCACGUGGGCGCUGGAGGUUGGACGUGGUUGGUUGAGGCUGACCGGAUUGGCGACUUCCCAGCCUCCCGCCGAACUCGUGAACCUCCCGCCGCUUGCAACGUCCUUAAGGCAUCAACUGUCCCUCGACUGCGACCCUCCCUUGCUUCUCACAUCAUCCCUACAUACAUCACCUUUUCUUCACGGCUUUCCUCAUUUCUCCGUUCUCCUUGCUCACACCUUAUCUACAAGCUUUCUGUACUGCGAGUAGGACCCGUGUCACUGUCAUUUCUCCAGAUCGGGUCUUUUCUGUCGGAACCUCCGCCUUCUUAUCUACUACCUCUCUUAGUACCUUACCUAUCACUGCAACCUUGGACCGGUCCCUGCACGGGCCUAUCGGUGACAAGCGGUCCGCCUCACCUGCCAUCUGCAACUCACCCGCGACGAUCUGGGGAUUGCGCCACAGUUGAUCAAUCCCAAGCACGUUUGGAUCUUGUCAAGCUUGGUUAUCGCUCAAUUGCCCCAAGGCCUUACUUGAGAUAAAUUGACCCGUCGGGUGUUGUCUCGUCUCCGUGUGAGGGCUUUCUUCUCCACGGGCUGAACCUGGACAACUCUCCGUCACCAUCCAUCUAUUAUGUCACAGAAUCUUGAAC